UUGGCCACGCCCCUCCCUGUCAUUCUCUUCCUUCUUGCCUCGUUUCUCCCUUCUUCCCCUUUUCUCUUAGUGUAGGUGUAGAGUCUUCCAGACUUUUAAACUGGAGAAUAACUUGGAAGACAUGAGUAGCUCGGAAGAGGUCUCAUGGAUCUCCUGGUUCUGCUCCCUACGCGGCAACGAAUUUUUUUGUGAAGUCGAUGAAGACUAUAUACAGGAUAAAUUUAAUCUAACUGGGCUCAAUGAACAAGUCCCUCACUAUCGCCAAGCCCUGGACACCAUUUUAGACCUUGAGCCAGAUGAUGAGUUGGAAGACAAUCAAAGUGAUUUGGUUGAGCAAGCUGCCGAAAUGUUAUACGGUCUUAUCCAUGCUCGCUACAUCCUAACGAACAGGGGCCUAGCCCAAAUGAUUGAAAAGUACCAGCAAGGCGAUUUUGGUCACUGCUCUCGUGUUUUUUGCGAGAACCAGCCCGUCCUUCCCAUUGGACUAUCAGAUGUCCCUGGUGAAUCAAUGGUCAAGCUUUACUGUCCGAAAUGCUGUGAUGUCUAUACUCCCAAGUCCUCCCGUCACCAUCAUAUUGAUGGGGUUUAUUUCGGGACUGGGUUUCCCCACAUGCUCUUCAUGGUCCAUCAAGAGCUCCGCCCGCCAAAACCAACAAAUCAGUUUAUACCAAGGUUGUACGGGUUUAAGAUACACCCACUUGCCUACCAGCUACAGCUCCAAGCCGCCUCCAAGAGCCGGUCUGCUACUGGGGCCCGCCCACGCUCGCAGAAGCAGCCGUACAAGUGACAGUCACGCCCAAUUAUCACUAGAGAAUCACAUGCACGCGCUUUUUGUACGCAUUUUGGUGUUCUGGAUGCAACAUGGCACUCCAUCUCUCUCUCUCUCUCUCUCACUGCUGCAUCCAACUAUAACGAGUCUAGAUAAUAAUAAUAAUAAUCACAAUAAUAAUAAUAAUAACUAAUAAUAAUAAUUGUAUGGUGUAUUAAAAAAUAUUAUUAUUAUAAUAGUAUAAUAAAUAUUAAUGAUUUUUUUAAGAUGCGUAUUUUCGUACGUAUUCGCGGACUUUUCUAUCGAAUUCGUACUGGUCUC